AUGGCGAAACACAUUGUUGCUGCCCUUCAAAUCGGCUCUUGUCCGGGCUCUACUAAGGAUACCUUGAAAAAAAUUUUGUCAUAUGAGAAGGAGAUCAAGGAAUCUGGUGCCAAGUUGGUCGUUAUCCCAGAAGCCACUCUUGGUGGUUAUCCAAAGGGAUCGAACUUUGGGGUUUAUCUAGGCUACCGUCUUCAAGAAGGAAGGGAGGAGUAUGCUAAGUAUCUUGCCGAAGCAAUUGAGAUCGGAAACGGAGAGAAAUAUCCAGAAAUUAGUCAGUUGUGCGCACUAUCGAAGGCCACCGACGCAUCCUUAUGUGUGGGGUGUAUAGAGCGCGAUGGGACGACAUUAUAUUGUACCAUGGUUUAUAUAGAUCCUAAAGAUGGCUACGUUGGGAAGCAUCGAAAACUGAUGCCGACAGCUGGCGAAAGACUGAUAUGGGGUCAAGGCGAUGGUUCGACUCUGCCUGUCGUGGAUACCGCUGCUGGGAAGAUUGGCGGUGCUAUCUGCUGGGAGAACAUGAUGCCUCUACUGAGAUACGCCAUGUAUAAAAAAGGGGUUGAGAUCUGGUGUGCCCCAACGGUGGAUGCUAGGCCUAUUUAG